CUACUAAUGGUAGUAAUAGCAUUGUCGUUUUGUCUACUGCUAGGGUGUUAGUGAAAAGUUCAUCUGGUGGAUUACAUGAACUUCGUGUUUUGUUGGAUAGCGGUUCUCAAUCGCAUUUUAUUACAUCCAGUGCUUGUAAAAAAUUGAAUCUUCUAAUUAGUAAAUUGAAUACUGUUGUUCACGGUUUUGGAGGAAAGGAGACAGUUGUACGUGGACGUACAUGCUUCUCGUUUCAAUCUAGAAUUGACUCAGAUAUUUGUUUCUCCGUCAAAUCUCUCGUGGUAGAGAGUAUUGUUGAACGGUUUCCCUCAUGUGAAAUAGAUGGGUCUAAAUUGUCCCAUUUGAGUGGAUUACAAUUGGCUGAUGAACAAUUCUAUUCACCGAAUACAAUUGAUGUGAUUAUUGGUGCUGAAUUGUUACCUCAUUUGCUGAAGUCUGAUCGUGUGGUGGGGAAGGUGGAUGAGAUUACAGCUAUAGACAGUCUUUUGGGUUAUAUCCUCAUGGGAGGAGCUCCGGUUUUGUCGUCAUCGUGUGAUACGAGCAGUCAUGUUGUGUGCAAUCUUUCAUUGGAUAAAAUGGUUCAAAAAUUUUGGGAAUUGGAAGAGUGACCUGCCUCAACACGGCCGCUAAAACCUCAAGAAGUCGAUUGUGAGAAUAACUACGUUUCAUCUGUUUGUCGUACUGAAUUGGGGAGGUUUAUUGUUUCAUUGUCAUGGUUGAAACCCCCUGAUAAUUUGGGUGACUCGUAUGAUUCUGCCAAACGAUGUUAUUUGAAUUUGGAAAGACGUUUGGAGUUGGAUUCUACAUCGCGUGUUGCCUAUCACGAAAUAUUGAAAGACUAUUUGAAACAGGGACACAUGUCAUUGAUAACCAAUCAGUCUGAUAAGAGUGGUUAUCACAUCCCACAUCAUGCAAUUGUUAAAGCAAGUAGCUCCACAACGCCAAUUCGUAUUGUGUUUGAUGCUAGUGCUAAGACCACCACAUCGCUAUCGUUAAAUGAAAUAUUGCAUGUUGGAUCGAAAUUGCAAAUGGAUAUUUUUGUUGUGUUACUCAAUUUUCGAUUAUUUCAAAUGGCGUUGAUAGCUGACAUACGUCAGAUGUAUUGUCAAAUCGUGAUGGAAGAAUCAUGUCAAAGAUACCAGCGUAUCCUAUGGAGAUUUUCUAUCGAGGAUCCAAUUGAAACUAAAACUAAUGUUCUCACAACUCUUCACACAGAUGCGACUUGUGAUAAUGUGAUAUAUUCAUUGAUUCAACGCUGUUCAAGCUACCAACGUUUGUUACGUGUAGUAAUUGUGAUUUUGAAAUUUGUUCGUGUAUUACCUAAACAGGGUGAGUCUGAUUUGAAUGUAGCUGAAGUGUAUCUAUGUAGACUAGUACAGAAAAUCCAUUUUACUAAUGAAUUGUCUCAAUUGAAAACAGGAAAGUGUUGUUCAGUUCGUAUGCAGCGUUUGUCUCCAUUCUUAGAGAAUGAAGUGAUUCGCAUCGGCGGUCGAUUGUCAACAGCUAAUCUUGGUUUUGAUAAUUGUCAUCCAAUCAUCUUGCCGAAAAAAGACAAUUUUGUCACGUUAUUGGUGAAUAAUUUCCAUGUGAAGAAUUGUCACGCUGGGCCCCGUCUGCUGUUAUCCUUAAUCAGGCAGAAGUUUUGGAUUCUGUCUGGUCGUCUUGUUGUUCGUAAAUGUGUUUAUCUCUGUAAUAAAUGUUUUCGGUGUAAACCAAAGAUUUCACCCCCUAAAAUGGGUAAUUUACCGGCUAGUAGAGUAACGCAAUUGAAACCUUUCGAGCAUUGUGGAGUUGACUACGCUGGACCAAUACGAGUUACUAUGGCUAAACGACGUAAUCCCGUCAUUUUGAAGGCCUAUAUAUGUCUGUUCGUAUGCAUGUCUACAAAAGCAGUACAUAUUGAACUCGUCUCUGAUUUGUCUACUCCAACAUUCUUGGCUGCUUUUCAACGUUUUCUGUCUCGACGUGGGCCUUGUAGAGUAAUCUACUCAGACUGUGGAACCAAUUUUGUUGGCGCUCACGAGCAAUUAGUUCAGCUUUCGAAAUUUGUUAACUCUUCUACGUUCCAAACCAGUCUUAUAGGUGAUUUGUCCGAUUAUAGAAUCGACUGGAAAUUUAUUCCGCCAGGAGCGCCCCAUUUUGGUGGCAUCUGGGAAGCGAACAUAAAGGCAACAAAAUCACAUCUAUUUCGUGUGAUUGGUACUCAAUUGUUAACGUACGAAGAGAUGAAUACCGUUUUAGUUCAGGUCGAAGCUGUACCGAACUCGAGACCACUGUGCUCUAUGAGUGAAGAUCCCAGUGAACCACUUGCAUUAACAACAGCACAUUUUCUCAAACUUACCCCAUUGAAAGCUUCUCCAAUGGAAGAUGUUGUUGAUUCUUCUGUCAAUCGUCUUACUCGCUUUCAGCUGGUAAUUGUGGAUCAGCCGAACCUCCCUCCACUGCAGUGGCCACUAGGUAUCGUGGAACAAGUUUUUCCAGGGACGGACGGCCAAGUGAGAGUGGCUCUGGUGCGUUUGAAGAAUGGGUGUCUUAAACGACCAGUCACUAAACUUUUCCCACUACCCACUCAAUAGUGGAGGGUGUAGUCGUGAAUCUUGGUUUUUUUUUGUGUUCUUGGUUGUGGUUGCAUGUUUGGAUUUUUGUAUUAUAUAAUCGUCAUUUUUGUCUUUCCCCUAGCUGAAAAAUAUCUUUUCAGGUGGGGGGUGAUGUUGUGGCCAUUUCUUGAAUUGAGCGCGUCCAUGUAACGCUGUUCCGUGCGGUGCUGCCUCCUGGCGGUGGAUUGUCGAAAACUGUCGUCAGCCCAGGGCCUUCUUCUCAGUCGGGAGAAAAGGCUGACUGAGUCAAGAGUGUACUCACAUUAUUUGUUAUUUUGUUAUUUGUCUAGCCGGACAUUAUAUGACAAUAAUUGAUUGAAGUGUUUAAUGAAUGUCAUGAAUAUUUGGGAGAAGCAAGGAGCAGUGAAAUUAAUAUUGCCAAGCAGCUUGUAAUCAUCGCCAGGCCACAGUAUCAGAGUAUCAGAAAGGUAUUUCCUUUCCCAAAGAACCUAAGUGCAUCGAGAUCGGUUGUGGAACAUGGCCUAUCGGCACGGCAAGUGCACAACCCACCUAGUGCAAACUCACUUAUUGCAGAAAAGAUUGAAGAGCAUCUUACUCCAGAAAAGAAAUGUGUUGCUAGUCGUAGAUAUCCUUGGUACUGACGUCCCAACACUCCUAACAGCCCCACCUAGGGUAACACCCUUACUCAGGGUGGUAACACUGUUUUCUAUGUUCUUCUACUGUUGGUUUUCAAUGAGAAAGCUGAGUCAUAAAUUCAGCUUUAAAUACGAGUGGACUAUAUGAUGUAAUAAAUAAAGAUGUUAAGAGCUA